CUAAAACCUCAUCUCCACAUCGACUGUACUGAACCCCACAACAUCACCACCACCGAAAUGGGCGCGCUCAGGCUGCCUACCCUCACCUCACUCUCCGCCGCCGCCACCACGGCGGUUCCUCGCCACCACUUUGGACGCCAUCUACGCCUCCCCGUCCGCCGCAUAUUCGCCGCUGAUUUAUCAACUCAAAGCAGCACCGUGAAGAAGGAAAUAGCAACUCCUCCCGAAGGCGAGCGCAGCUCGGCGAAGCCCAAAGUCCAUCCCGAUAAGGAUCGAGUAAUCACUCCUCGCUCGCAGGACUUCAACGCAUGGUAUUUAGACGUCAUUGCGAAUGCGGAGCUAGCUGAUUAUGGCCCUGUUCGGGGUACCAUGGUUAUUCGUCCAUACGGUUACGCAAUUUGGGAAGCAAUUCAGGAGUAUUUGAAUGUGAAGUUUAAGGAGACUGGUCAUAGUAACAUGUAUUUUCCUCAGUUUAUACCUUACUCAUUCAUUGAGAAAGAAGCUAGCCAUGUUGAGGGUUUUACUCCAGAAUUAGCUCUUGUGACAAUUGGCGGAGGAAAGGAGCUUGAAGAAAAGCUUGUGGUUCGUCCUACAAGUGAAACAAUUGUUAACCACAUGUUCACUCAGUGGAUUCAUAGUUAUCGUGAUCUUCCACUAAUGAUCAAUCAGUGGGCAAACGUCACGAGAUGGGAGAUGCGUACUAAACCAUUUGUGAGAACUCUUGAAUUUCUGUGGCAGGAAGGUCACACAGCCCAUGCAACCUCUGAGGAAGCUGAAAAGGAGGCAUUACAGAUGAUUGGUAUAUACACAAAAUUUGCUCUUGAGCAAGCUGCAAUACCUGUUAUUGCAGGUCGUAAAUCAAAGCUUGAGACCUUUGCUGGAGCCUCAAAGACAUAUACAAUCGAAGCAAUGAUGGGUGACCGGAAGGCUUUGCAGGCUGGAACCAGCCACAACCUUGGGCAAAAUUUUUCCCGAGCAUUUGGGACACAGUUCACAGACGAAAAUGGAGAAAGGCAACACGUAUGGCAGACAUCGUGGGCAGUUAGCACGAGGUUUGUUGGUGGCAUCAUUAUGACACAUGGAGAUGAUGCUGGCUUGAUGCUUCCCCCAAAUCUAGCUCCAGUGCAGGUAAUAGUAGUUCCAAUAUGGAAGAAAGCAGAUGAAAGGACAGGAGUUUUGAAUGCUGCCUCAUCUUUGAAAGAAGUUCUUCAAGCUGCUGGAAUUAAGGUUAAACUUGACGACUCUGAGCAGAAAACUCCUGGCUGGAAAUUUAACUUUUGGGAAAUGAAGGGUGUGCCUCUGAGGAUUGAGAUUGGGCCUCGAGACGUUUCAACCGGUUGUGUGGUUGUCUCUAGAAGAGAUAUUCCAGGGAAACAAGGAAAAGUUUUUGGUAUAUCAAUGGAAUCUUCAACUUUGGUGGCUUAUGUAAGAAGCAAGUUGGAUGAGGUCCAGUCCUCUCUUCUUGAAAAGGCCAAGUCCUUUCGGGAUAGCCACAUUGUUGAUGUCAGCUCUUAUAAUGAGCUUAAAGAAGCAAUAGCUGAAGGCAAAUGGGCAAGAGGCCCUUGGUCAGCCAGCGAUGAAGAAGAAUUGAAGGUGAAAGAGGAAACAGGGGCGACCAUUAGAUGUUUUCCAUUCGAACAGCCUCAGGGGGCAAAGAAAUGCUUGAUGACUGGCAACCCAGCAGAUGAAGUUGCUAUUUUUGCCAAAUCUUACUGAUCUUAAAAGUUCAAAACUGUCCACAUUUUGGAUUAUGUUAUCAGCUAUAUGUUACUGUAAUUGCUUUUCAGCCACUUGUCCUCGACAAUUUCACGUUCACGAAAUUUUGUUGGUUGAGCAAAAAGAACAAGAAGAAGAAAGAAAGAAAGUGGCUUGGUUGAAAUCCUGUUGAACUCCAGGUAUAAAAGUAAGAAUAUUUAGUAUCUGCUUGUGGAACACUGAUGGAAAAACUCGAGUUGUUGUAAAUUGCAUUUUUUAGUGAUAUAGAGGAUUGUUUGUUAAAUAAAUGAUGCUUCCAGAGUUUUAGAUGCAGUGUAUUUAAUGAUAAUAUAGUUUCAGGACAAUUAUGUUAUGUGUGGA